CACAUAUAGGGACAAAUUACUUAAUUUCAUUAUGUGUUCUUUUUAAGUGCAUCUAACCAUAUAUAAAAACCACCAGCCUCUUUUUUGCUUCCUUUCUUCUUUACAAGAUCUCAGAGCGUAAGUAAGCAAGAAUUAAAUUUGUUUCUUUCAACAUGUACUACAUAUGAACAGAGCUCUACAUUCCGCCUGACCAAAUGUUUGCAAAGGUGCUGGAGAUAAAAAUCACUAAAAUCAAAACCAAAAACUAUCUCACGCUAGUUUUUGUUUGUUUGUUUUUUUUCUUCUAUAUUUUGACAUUUUCGUAGAUUUGUAUAAUCAGUAACAAUCUUAACCCACUUAUUACAAUACAGUCUGCGUGUAAAGCCUCGUAUCUCAAAGCAAGCAGAACAGAAGAUAGUGGAUUACUACUACUGCGAAAUUCCUGCCAACCCAGCACUUUCACUUCUCCUCCUUUUUGAAAGACUUGUUUUGCAAAACCAUUUUUCACUUCUUGAGGGAUAAAUUCCAAUAAAUUUAGUUCCCUUUUGAUAUUAUGACAUGUAAGAAUUGUAAUUGUAAUUCUAACAUAAAUUGGAUCUGGAGUAAAUGACGUAGAAUAUAGACAAGAGAAUAUUUUUCCAUUCACAGUAUCGUCAUUUAUAGUAUUAUCAGUCAUGCACUGUCUGUCUGAGUUUUAUCGCUGUCUGCAGCCACGUUUCAAAUAGAUAUGUCACAAUUUCCCUAUCACAGUCAUCCAUUCCCACUAGCUAUGUUUGCAUCUGUCUGAAAUGCGUAAAGAUUCAGUUCCUAAAAUUUUGACUUCUUCUUUCUGAUCAUCUGGACGAGUAUGAGGGAAAAAAAAGGAUGUUUACCCAUUGUGUUUGUGAGUGUGCUCUCCAGACUGUUGGAGGGUUUCAGGUGUUCUGCUGCCUCCUUGUCUGACACAAGUAUGGAUCAAGUCUUUGCAACCACAGAUUACUGGGACUAUGACGACUAUGACAAUUUUACCUGGUCCCCUGAAACGAGCAAGAGUCAUGCAGCCCCAUGCGAACAGGGGGACAUCUAUGGUUUUGCACAGAGGUACUCCCCUGUUGUGUUCAGUCUGGUGUUUGUCCUGGCUCUUGUGGGCAAUGUGCUGGUGCUGUGUGUGAUCCGACGCUACCGAAACUCUCAGUCUGGCGGAGCCUGCGCCUUCUCUCUGACAGACACCUUCCUCCUUCACCUGGCCAUUUCUGACCUCCUGCUGGCCUUCACCCUGCCCCUGUUUGCAGUGCAGUGGGCUCACGAGUGGGUGUUCGGCUUGGCUGUUUGCAAGAUCUCCGGUGCCCUCUUCUCCCUGAAUCGCUACAGCGGCAUCCUCUUCCUGGCCUGCAUCAGCUUUGACCGUUACCUGGCCAUCGUUCAUGCUGUCAGCUCCGGCUGGAAGCGCAACACCUGCCAUGCCCAGAUUGCGUGUGCCUUCAUCUGGGUGGGCUGCCUGGGCCUGAGUGUAGUGGACAUGUACUUCAAAGAGGUGGAGGAGGUGUACACUGUGGGCCAUCAGAAGACACUCAUGUGCCAGGUGUGGUUCACCGAGAACUCCACCCAGUGGCAGGUGGGGCUGCAGCUGCUCAGUGUGGUUCUGGGUUUUGGGCUCCCCUUGUUGAUCAUGCUCUACUGCUACAUCCGCAUCUUCAGGUCUCUCUGCAACGCCACUCGCCGCCAAAAGCGCAAGUCUCUCCACCUUAUCGUCUCCCUUGUGUCUGUAUUUGUCAUCUGCUGGGCACCGUACAACUGCUUCCAGCUGGUAGACAGUCUGCACAAGCUGGACGUGGUAGGAGGUGGUUGCCAGUUUGGCUAUGUGGUGGACAUCGGGACUGUGAUCACUGAAAGCUUGGGGCUGUCACACUGCGCCCUGAACCCUCUGCUGUACGGUUUUGUGGGGGUGAAGUUCAGGAGGGAGCUGGCCAAAAUGUGUAAAGGGUUGCUGGGACAGAGAGGCUUGCUGGGGAUGGAGGAAUGGCGCCACAGGAGGCGCGGAAGAGUCACAGGAUCUUUCAGCUCUGCAGAAAGCGAAAACACCUCAUACUCUGUCAUGGUGUGAGACUGGUUAGACACAGGAGGGGGGGGAUGAGGGGAGAUGAGUGUGUGGUUGUGGUUGUGUGUGUUUGUAAGGCAGGGGGUGGAGGGGGGCAGAGAGUAGAGUGUGAGCUGGAAUGAAAAGGGGACGAAAUAAAAAUAUAUUUGCAGCUUAAUUAAGACUAAAAAAUUGUUCUCAGGGGGGAAAGUGGUGCAUUUAUUCCACUGGUGCUUUGACAUCUAAUUGUUGGUAUGGUGCAGCUUACAUUGUUUUUUUUUUCUGUUUUUAAAAAAUACUGUAGUGAUAUCAUGAAGUGAGAGUAGAGCAUAGAGUAAACCAGAAGGCCACAUCCCACAUGCUGAUUUUGCUAAUGUUGUCACGUCACUUUUUAGUGAGAACUUGUUGAUUUUGUGUCCAUAGGUCAAAUUUUGGGAAACAUCUAGAUUUCUUCAUACUUGUAAAAAAGCUUGUUCAGCAGUUUAGGUGUAGCCUGGGGCUUCAGCAGUCAGAUCUCAUAUCUCUUGAACUUCUCAUUUCUGGUUAAUUUUUUUCAUCAUCCAUUUACAGUUGUGUCCUUUACAACACUGCAAAAGAGGGAAUGUAUACAGUGUAACUCAUUUUUAAUUUUGCAUAUUAGCAUACAUCAAAAUCUAUCCUCUGUGAUGUACAAAGUUUUUUAUAAUAAAUAUUU